GCCCACAUCUGUAAUGUCAGAGUCAAGGGAGGGCUGAUAUUCCUGAUAAGUCUGUGGUUUAAAUAAAGCUGCAGUCGACAGCAGAACUUCACUCCUUCACCGUCAUGAUGGGGUUCUGCAAACUCCUCUCUGUGCUGGUGCUGAUUCACAGCUUUGGAGGUGAGCGACAGAAACUUUAUUCUCUGAUUUAUUCAUUUGAAUUCAAUUUUUGAAGGUAAUUUGAACUUUGACCAGCAGGGUGUAAUUUGUUUUCUGAGAAAAAGAAUAACUUUAUUUUUCUUAAUUUUUAUAUAUUUGAAAUAUAUUUGUAUUUUUUAUUUUUCUGUAUUGAAGACAAAAAUAUGGUCAGGUUUUUGCAGAAGAGGUUUAAAGCAAACAAACAAAGAAACAAACAAAUAGAUUAAAAAAAUUGGGGUCAGAAAUUUUUCUCCUCUGAUUUUUUUUAUUUUAUUAUUAUUUCUGACUUAAAGCGUAGAAUUCAAACAUAUAUUGUUUUCUGAUGUAUUUAGUUUGACUAUUGACAUUGCUGCUUAGAUUGCAGAUCUUUCUCUGCUUUAACUACUUUUGUCUGUUAACAUGUAAGAAAUAAAGGAAUCAAUUAAAAUGUUAACUAUCUGAAUGUUUCCUCCCUUCAUUGUUUUUUCUUUGGUUGGGUCACCCUUCAUCCAGUCGUGCUUGGGUCCGAAGUGGGGAGCUCCAUCACUGGAGGGGAGGAUGCUCCAAAGGGUGCCUGGCCGUGGAUGGUUUACCUCAGCAUCGCGGCUGACAGGACCAAUAAAUGGCGCUGUGGAGGGAGCCUCCUCAACAGUCAGUGGGUCCUCACUGCUGCAAACUGCUGGGACAGGUAAGUAGAGGUGGAAAGAGUACUGUAAAACUCGAAGUACAAAAGUUUUGAUGACAUUUUUUCUCAGGUAGAAGUAAAAAUACCAGUCUCUGUUUCGUGACCAUUUAGAAACUAACAGAGAAAAGACUAACUGAACUUUAUCAGUUUCAACGCUCUUAACCUUUGACCUGAGCCUUGCUAGUUCUUUGAAUAUUAAGAUGUGGUGUGUCUUUGUAAAAUAUACUGAAAAUUAAUACUGUAUGUGUGUUUGUGUUUCCAGGGAUCCUAAGCCUGACCCGCUGCGAUCCAGCGCCUGGUUAGGCUCACAUGAUCUGCAAAAGGCAUCUGUUCGCUACAUGGCCAUAGUUUUCUACAUGCUUCACCCCCAGUAUCAAGCAGUGAGCAAUGGGUACGUGAACGAUCUCGCUCUGGUGAAGCUGAAGAAAAAGGCCGAGCUAUCGAGACUUGUUGCUCCUGUGAGUUUGCCAGGCCCUGGAGACACUUUUGACUCGUCCUCUGAGUGUUGGAUCACCGGCUGGGGGAACAUCAAGAAUGGUGGUAAGUUCAGAGAUGGACACUGUGGCUGUCUGCUCAGAAUGGCGCUGAUUGCAAUUUAAUUUACCGAGGUCGAGGGUGUCAUUCAGCAGUCUGGUAACGAUAUGAGUGCCCUCUGCUGGAUCAAACAGCAAACUACUGCAGACAGCAUGAUGUAUGUAAACUGAAUAGUUUGAUUACAAAUAGCUCAUUGUAGUUGGACUUAACUCCCAGUUUAAAGAAAUACUUGAAUUUUUUUUAGCCUGGUGCAAAAAGUUUUUAGUCUCUGCAGCUCAUUUUGUCAUAAGUUCUUUUGGUUAUUACCCAAAGCCAUGCACUGUUAAAAUUCUUCUAACUUAGUGUCUGUUAAAUCCUUGCUUUUCUCAAGCUGCGCCUUCUUGUCUGAGUUUUCUUAAUUCUAGCAUCGGUAGCCAACAUGGCAGCAGCAAUCAUUUAGAAUUUUUGUUACCAAAUCACAGACAAAGUGGGGGACAAAGACACAAAGAAAAGAUGCAAGUAAUUGAUAAAUGGCCUCAAUUUGAGAGAAUCAGCAUGUACUGUACACUGUGUUUCGUUGCAGUUCCACUCCCUCUUCCAGAAACCCUCCAGCAGCUGAAGAUUCCCAUCAUCCCUCAGAGUGAGUGUCAGAAGAAGUACUCUCAGCUGACCUCCAAGCAGCUGUGUGCAGGAGACCCGGCUAAAGCGAAGGACGCCUGCAAGGUGAGUUACUGUCAGGGUUAUGUGGAAUACAAAUUCAGUUCUCUGUGACAGGGGGUCUAACACUCUCCACCUUGAGAAAUUGAUAAAAUACUGUUUAUGCAUCUCAGAUAUAAAAGAUUUGAUUUAUCAUGUUUUGAAUUUGCUGUCUGGGCAGAGCUCACUGUUAAGACACAAUAAAAUGUUGUUUCACCCUGAGAAAAAAGUAGAUCUUCACCAUUAUCAUCUUUUCAGUUGCUAAUAAUAAUUUAUGAAAUGGCACUUCUACUUUUUGACUGUUUAUGCCUCCAAUCAUUGAGUCACUGAGUUAAAUGGCUGCCCUGUGGGUGCUGUGUUUUGUUUGUCAAGGGGGAUUACGGUGGUCCUCUGGUGUGUCGUACGGCUCGUGGCUUUGUGCAGGUCGGCAUCAUAAGCUACGGGAGUCCUGACGGUUGUGGUCUCGGCGACCGCCCUGGUGUCUACACCCGAGUCUCCAGCUAUGUGGACUACAUCAACUCCUACAUUAACCAGGCCAAGGAGGCAUCAGCUGAAGUCUAGACCAUCCAGCCCAGCUCACCUGCAUUUCUUUUAAAGCUUCUAUCAUGUGUUUAACCUGCUGUGAACUUCUUCUCUGGUUCAUUCAAUUUAAAUCUCUGCAUUAAAGCUUUGAAGCAUCAAUUUUA